AAAGGCAGAGGCCCGUUGCUGAAGAGGCCAGUGUGCGCACGCUGCUCGAGGAGGAGACAAGACAGAACUACACACCGCUGCAGCAGCUGGCCCAGCGCUUCCACAGCAUGGAUCUCCAGAAGGUGCUGCCCCAGACGAUUCUGCUCCUGCUUUUCCUCUAUCUGUUGCCGCUGGGAGGUCACUCCCAUCCUCUGGGAAGUCCUAGCCAGUCUCCAGACCAAUUCAAGAUGCAGAGGCUGCUGGAGCUCAUAAGAGAAAAGUCAGAGGAAAUGGCUCAGAGACAUUUCCCCAAGGACCAAGGCCUCGCCAACGAAGCUCCAAGAAGAGUCCUUCGGUCUCAAGACAGCACCCUCCGGGUGCAGCAGAGACUUCAAAAUGCCAAGGCGACACGUACUUCAAGCUGCUUUGGGCACAGGAUAGACCGGAUCGGCUCUGUCAGUCGUUUGGGCUGUAACGUGCUGAAGUUCUUUUAG